ACUGAUCGAUGCAGCUUCUUGUAUCCAUCUACUAGUAGCACUUCUAAUAUUAAACGGAUGAAAAAUGGUCGAAGUUCGAUAUCUUUUUCUUGCGCUAGGAACGCAUCUAUCGUGGGGUCUCUAUCACCCCGUCGUGCGGUACUUGGAGACAGUUACAGGGAUGCACAUCGUCUACAUCCUCGGCAGUGCGCAUUUGCUUUCCGGUACUGUAAACGCUCUCUGCAUGUUAUGCCAGACAGGAAAAAUAUUUCGAGUCCAUUUGAUGUUGAUUCACUAGCUCUAGGCCUUCGGUGAACUAGAGAAUAUACCAAAGUAGACUGUUAUCGGCAACUAACAAUUACUUAGAGGACGGACGAUCUCUUUGGAGCUAGAAGAAGUUCUUAAAUGCAUUCAAUGUGGUUAUUUGUAGUUAUGUUUUCAUGUGUGUUGUGCUGCGGAGCUAAUGAGGAGACGAACCCUGCGGAGAAGCCAAAAGAUACAAAAACGGCUUCAACGAAUACUAUUGCGAGUGGUGAAUCAGAGUCGACGUCUGGUUUCACCGCAAAAAAAUGUUGGUACGGGGUUUCAUAUGGUCUCUUAUCGCUGGCAAGAGCGCUGACCAACAUGGCGAGUGCGGCUGUCAUUAUCGCCUUCUACGUCCAAUCCGUGUCCUUGCUAAAUCCGUACGUGGUCGCGCUGUUGUCCUUCUGUCUGCUCGGCGAGCGCAAGCUGCCUCGAGGGUUCAUGCUCUCUUGCGCAUUGUGCGUUUGCGGAUCUUUUCUCGUCAUCGCGGGUGAGAACAUCGUUAAAGGUCGGACGAGUUCGGGUCUUCUACGUAGGAUGUCGGAGGACUCAACAACAGAAAAUGAGCUGAGGACACAGAUAGGAGCAGAAGUUCCAGCUCGUGAAGACGUAGGAGCAGAAGUUCGAGAAGCUGCUAGAUCUUCUUCCUCAUCAGGAACGUUAAGAAUCGCAUCCCUGACAAGGGUCCAGAUGUCGAGCACCAAAAAAAUUCAGAAAAACGACUUUCCAACUCGUGCGGAAGAUCCUGCAGACGUCGCAGAACACCAGCAUCUUGAAGAACGCCAGACAUUACCGUUACGUCGACGCGCACUGCCUCCCUCUGAUCACGCACGUCCAACGGGCCGUGUUUUGACUGCAGAACCUGACGAAAAUGCACUCUUUGCGAUGUGGAAAAGGGAAUACCAGAAAAGAAACAAGAUUCAGAAUAGUGGUCAUCAAGCAGCCUUAUUGAAUUCAGGAGCAGCAGGCGAAGGAAAGAAUAGUCGCGAUUUUGAGCUCUUCGAGCAGUGGAAGAAGGAACAUAGAAGUAGUAUUUCUUCAAACGGAGUCCUCGGAGCACGAACAAAUGAGAAAGGCAAAGAAACACUGAAGCCACAGAACAAGAACAUUGACAUGCUGAGCACGACACCUGCAGGCCGUCCAAGUAAGCCAGCACAGCUGGAUCCGAACGACCCUCAAAACAUUCUGAUCGGCGUAUCAUUGCAGGUGAUUUCAAUUUUGUUGUCGGGGCUCAUGCGCAUCGGCAUGAAAGCGACGGCCCGUGUCGGUAUCACAAAGCGGGAGCUUCAGGCAUAUCAGAAUGUCUCCAAUUUUGUACCCCUUCUCUGUGCUAGUUGGAUUCUUGAGGGGUGGCAGAAAACGGAUAGGGAACUUCUCAACGAUGCAGAGACGAGGAGACUCACUGCAUCGAAAAAUGGGAUUCCGAUCGUGACGCACUUCGUGAAAGCAAUAGGUGGUGGUUCUCUCCGUGGAUGGCUUGUCUUUCAAGACCUUAGCCUAUACGAAAUCGGCCUUUUUCUAGUUUUUGCUCUUGUGGUUUUUUAUUGGGCGAAUAUGGGCCAGAUUGAAGCCGUUCGGGGUUUGGGACCGACGCUGUACUCCUCCUUCCAACCGUUGCGAAUGCUGUCAUCCAUAGUCGGAAGCUACCUCAUUAUGAAGGAGGAAGUCGAGGUGUGGCUCAGCUGGCUUGGGAUCGCAAUUUUGUGCAUCACACUUUCUUGCUAUUUUGGUUUGCAGGUGAAAAGCAGCACGAACAGUGGCUCUUCCGCGUCUUCGUCCACUACUUCAUCUGCAGACGAGAGAAAUGUUCUAUUACGAAGAACGAAGAUUGAGUAGAAAAUAUUAGUUGUAGCUUUCCAUGAUCGUACGGGAUACUGAUUGAUCGAUAUUGACGAUUCCGCCAAGGGGAAGCAUUAUACAUAGUGGUUGAUAACGAGAGUUUUAAGGUGAAAGUCGUGACUUAAACAGGACAAUAAAAUAGCAUAGUCAAGCAGGGUUAGCUUCUGGGAGUUGUGAUUAUGUGAUGAAGCAUCAUACUGCGAACCCACGACCGCUAAUUAGAGGAACGGUUACAGAUGCUUCCAAAGAAAACCUUGAAAAUGGAGGAUUGGAGGCAGGUGUCGAAAUGACCUACGACCAGCAAUCAGGUGGUUCCACUUUGAUUACGGCUGUUGCAAAAGCAUCAGCAGCGCGAUUCUUGGCCAUAUUUUUUUCUAGGAAAAGACUAAGGCAAGGAUGGCGCUUACUAUACUAGGGAUGCGUUUUUACUGAGGUAGUUCUAAUCCAAAGACGAAAAAGAUACGGACGACACGAUCAAUUCUGGGCGGGCUGGGGUCAAGGAAAAGUUCAGAUACCAGCCGUGCAGCUUUUCACGCAUUGGUUGUGGACGAAUCGACGACACUGGGCGUGGGAGUAAUGAAUUACCAGAAAUUAUGCGCGACCACAUUGCUUUCUCCACAACCAUUUUUGGCGCCCUUUUCGUUAUCUAGUAUGGAAGUAAUAGGAAUCGCCAAAAAUGUGACGCCCCGAGAGAUGUAAUGUCGUAACUUCUAAAAAAAGCAGACGCAGCAGUUGUAGGUCGUACGGCUAGUGGUCGUGGUCAUACUGCCACGUCGCCCGCUGAAUAAUUAAUGCAGUUUCUGUGACAACUUCGUAGUGCAAAAAUUGAAUUGGAUUUUGAUAUUUUUGUCAAAGAAAGAAUGGAUUCAAGCUACUGGAGCUGAAGCAUUCAGCUGCAUUUUUAUGGAUGCAGGAGCUUUCUUACUGGUGCC